AUGUCUUUGACUUGUAAACCGCCAACUUUCUCUGGAGAAAGACAUCCACUUAAGGGUAUUUGUUGGAUCAAGGAGAUUGAAUAUGUGUUUAACACCAUUAGAUGUCCAGAAGCAGAUAAUGUUCGGUUUGCCGUAUCUGUAUUGAAGUCUAAUGCUCUGUUUUUGUCGGAAGUUGAGUCGUUGGACAUGAGAGAUGUCUUACAAACGUUAUCUUGGGCUGAAUUUGUGAAUCGAUUGAAAGAUCAAUUUUGUCCCAAGAUGGUUGUAAGACAAAUGGAGGAAGAUUUUAUGAAGUUAGAACAGGGCAAUGGAACUGUUCGGGAGUAUACUAAGAAGUUCAUCGAGUACUCUCGGUUUGCUGAACACUACAUUUCAUCAGAAUCCAGAAAGGUGGAGAGGUAUAUAUGGGGAUUAAAACCUUUGAUCCGUGAAUUUGUAAUCGCCAUGAACCCCACUACCUUUUCAUUAACCGUGGAUGAGGCGGAAGUUACUGAGCGAAACAAGAACCGACAGAUAGAUGGUAAGGUGGUUGAGAAAAGAAAAUGGGAAGGACCUUCGUCUGACUUUCGAGGGUCAAAAUCAGUGAAAUAUUAUGAUAGAACUGAACAGAAAGUCGGUGAGAAAGUUUGUGCUCGAUGUCGACAAGUUCAUCAAGGUGACUGUAAAGCGAACCUGAGAAAAUGUUACAAAUGUGGCGAGGCAGGUCAUUUGUCAAGAAACUGCCCAGCCAAUAGAAGAUGUUUUAAUUGUAAUUCCUCAUAUCAUAUUCGACCCAACUGUCCGUUGUUGAGAACUCCCAAGUUGACUAUGGGAGUAAUGUAUCGGGUACUCAGGGAAGACCUAAUAUAUCCAGAGGAGGACAAGUAA